ACUCUUAUCAACCCACAUUCCAAUAAUAAUGAAACCCAUCAUGGACCUCCUCUUCCCCCACUAACGCGAUACCAUGUCUGCAGAACCUCCCAUGACUUCCCCUCCACUUACUUCACCAAAUGGAAUAAUAAAUAACCAUUCCAACGCCCAGCUCGCACAUUUACUUCAUAACAGCUACUGCGACAAUGACAGACUCACAAAAGAACUCGGAAAUACGAAGAAACGGUUAGAAAAAGUAGAGCGUCUACUAGCAGAAUUUCAGGCCGCAACCGUCAAUGGUGCUCCCCUCUCAGGCGAGGCUCGUCGUGUCAUCGAAGAAGCUGAGGCACGUGUAGCCCAUGCCGAUAGACAAAGAGACGAAGCAGAAGCCCGCAGACGCGUUGUUCUCGAAUCUUACGAAGAACUCAAUAAAUACCUCGCCGCCAUCGAAUCCCGUGCUGCAGAUGCACGUUCUGGCUUUCAGCGCAUUCUUAGAGAUGCAGGUGGUCAUCUUGUCUUGACCCCCAUCCCCAAUCAAAAUCAGCAUGAUCAUAGCCCUUAUUCCGCCAAUCCUAGCAUCACUGUAGAACCCCCACCUCGUUCAUAUAAUCGAUCUCAUCAUCGUUACACCUCCUCUUCACUUAGUUCUUCUGCCCUUCCUCCAGGCCCACUCCCUCCUCCACCAUCCACUCGCGGCGUCCGUCCUCGCUCAGGCAGCUUCGAUGACCCUUCUUAUCUUAUCGCACAACCUCAACCUCCCUCCAAACGACCACGUAACGAACGUGGAGAAUAUGACCACAGGCCCCCCCUCUCGGCUACCUCCAUGUCACGCGGACGCAUCCCUGACAUGGAUCCCCACCCCCAACACCUUCACCAGAUUCAACAUCUCAAUCACCACCUUAGCAUUCAACCUACUCAUAAAUCUCACUCCCGCUCUAGCAGCCACUCUAGUAUUCGUGCUACUUCGCAGGACAUCGAGGAUCUCCUCCUUGACGCUGCCACUGACGAAAGGAGCGUUUUAACUGCUCGUGAUCAACAGCCACAGUCUCCUCGUGCCGUCUUGGCUGCCCACCAGUCAAGGAAUAUUCCCGUAGGUCCAUUAGAUCAGCCUGGCGAGCUCAGGACCUAUCAAACCCAUAUUUUUGCCCCUCCCGUUACCGGCGCCCCCCAAAAGAAGGGCAAACCAGGGUCAAGUGCAAAUAUUACUCACAAUGGCUCCCCACUAACACCUCCUAACGCCAUUGUCACUCCCAUCGCACCAGUUCCUCCACCUGCCGUUCCCCCCACAACCUCGUUCCCCCCCACUAACUCUAUUGGUCAACGCAUCUGCCGCCAAUGUGGUCUACCAGGGCGCUACAAAGACAACAAAUGCGUCGAAAAAUGGGGGCCUGGGCCAGAAGGGCCUGGUACUGUAUGCGACCGUUGCAGAAAAAAAAUGAAACGGGUAGAACGGCGGGGAACGACCGAUGCAAAUGUGGCUGGUGGUAGCAACGCUAGUGCAGCUCGAUUGCACCGUACAGAUACCAUUCCUGUUGCUACGAUUACUGGGACGCAAAGACAGGCGCAGACACAGUCGCAAGUUUUUCCAAGCUCGGCGUCUUUCGUGCCGCCUGUGCUUUUACAGGACAAGAAACGCAGUGGUGGGUCUGCAAAGGACCGCGAGAGAGAUCGGAACCGUGACCCUCCCUCCCCGCCUGCGAUCGCUACUCUCCAGACCACAGACGACGAAGACCCUGGACGAAGACGACGGGGUGCGGUGUCCUCUGGUGGGUGAAACAUCCUCCAUUCUAUCACCCCUAGUUGACCCACACCUCUCAGCGCAACAUCUUCCUUCUCCCCACUCCGACCCCAACACAGAUCCAGACGCAGACGGCGAAGGUGAUGCGG